UUUGGAUCUUUCCAGAGCUCUGAACGCUUGAACACCCACCAUGGAUGACUUUGAACGCCGCAGAGAACUCAGGAGGCAAAAGCGUGAGGAAAUGCGCCUUGAAGCAGAGAGGCUGUCCUACCAGAGAAAUGAUGAUGAUGAGGAAGAAGCUGCCAGAGAACGUCGCCGACGGGCUCGACAGGAGAGGCUGCGGCAAAAGGAAGAAGGAGAUCUAUCAGGAGAAGUAACGGAGAAAUCGGAAGUUAAUGCCCAAAACAGUGUGGCAGAAGAGGAAACCAAGAGUAGUACAACUACAGGGGGAACAGAUGAUGAAGCUGCAUUGUUGGAGAGACUGGCAAGACGGGAGGAGAGACGCCAAAAACGUCUACAGGAAGCCCUAGAACGUCAAAAGGAAUUUGACCCCACAAUCACAGAUGGGAGCUUGUCACUGUCCAGCAGGAGAGAAGUAAACAAUGUGGAAGAAAAUGAGACCACGGGGAAAGAGGAAAAGGCUGAAACACGCCGAGGACGCUAUGAGAUUGAGGAAACGGAAACAGUUACUAAAUCAUACCAAAGGAACAACUGGAGGCAAGAUGGGGAAGAGGAGGAAAAAAAAGAAGAAAAAGACAAGGAGGAGCUACAGGAUGAGAAGCCAAAGGAGGUCCUCGUAGAGGAAAAUCAGGUAGAUGUGACGGCAGAAAAAUCCACAGAUAAAGAAGAGGUAGUAGAAAUAAAAAAUCUAGCUAUAAAUGCACAGGAACAUAAAGCAGAGAAUGAUACAAAUGCUGUGCCAGAAGGGGAGCAGAGUAUAACUGAUGCUGUAGAUAAAGAGAAGCUUAGGGAUGAGGAAAAGGCUGAGGAAGAAAGUAAGAAAGCAGAAGAAAGGGAGCAACUUGAGGCAGAAGAAAGGGAGAGGUUAAAAGUAGAGGAAGAAAAGAAGGCAGCUGAGGAAAAACAGAAAGCAGAGGAGGAGAAGAGGGCAGCUGAGGAAAGAGAGAGGGCUGAAGCAGAGGAGGAGAAAAGGGCAGCUGAGGAAAGAGAGAGGGCUAAAGCAGAGGAGGAGAAGAGGGCAGCUGAGGAAAGAGAGAGGGCUAAAGCAGAAGAGGAGAAGAGGGCAGCUGAAGAAAGAGCGAGGGCUAAGGCAGAAGAGGAAAAGAGAGCAGCUGAAGAAAAGGCUAAGCUAGAAGCAGAGAGAUUAAAGGAGAAACAAAAGAUGGAAGAGAAGAAAUUAGAAGAUAAGCAGGUAAAAGAGAAGAAAGUACAAGAGGAAAAACCUCAAGCAGCUUUCCUAAGAAAACAGGGGGAAGAAAAAGAGGUUAAAGUGGAAGCUAAAAAGGAAAAAUUACCAGAUGAGAAGCUCCGACCCACCUCCAAAAAAGAUCAGGUAAAAGAUGACAAGGAUAAAGGAAAAGCACCCAAAGAGGAAAUGAAAAGUAUCUGGGAUCGUAAGAAGGGAGUUCCUGAACAAAAGGCACAAAACGGAGAACGUGAACUCACCGCCCCAAAACUUAAAUCUACUGAGAAUGCUUUUGGCCGCUCCAAUUUGAAAGGGACCACAAAUGCUGAGGAAGCGAAGCCGGGGUCUCGAGUGGAGGCUGCAAAGCGGCUAGAAGAUCAGCGCCGCCGCCGAGGCGAGAAUGAGGAGUUUGAGAAACUGAAGGAGAAGCAGCAGGAGGCGGCAGCAGAGCUGGAUGAACUGAAGAAAAGGCGGGAGGAGCGCCGGAAAAUCCUGGAGGAAGAGGAGCAGAAGAAGAAGCAGGAGGAGGCUGAGAGAAAAGCCAGAGAGGAGGAGGAAAAGAGGAGGAUGAAGGAAGAAAUUGAAAGAAGAAGGGCUGAAGCUGCUGAGAAACGUCAAAAGAUGCCGGAAGAUGGCGUAUCUGAAGACAAGAAGCCUUUUAAAUGUUUCAGUCCUAAAGGUUCAUCUCUCAAGAUAGAGGAGAGAGCAGAAUUUUUGAACAAAUCCGCUCAGAAGAGUGGUAUGAAACCCACCCACACAACAGCAGUUGUCUCAAAGAUUGACAGUAGACUUGAGCAAUACACUAGUGCAAUUGAGGGCACAAAGGCUGCAAGACCAGCUAAGCCAGCAGCCUCCGACCUUCAUGUUCCAGCUGAGGGUGUCCGUAAUAUCAAGAGCAUGUGGGAGAAAGGGAAUGUUUUUUCGUCACCCUCUGGGACAGGAACACCAAAUAAGGAAACUGCUGGACUGAAGGUUGGUGUCUCCAGUCGUAUCAAUGAGUGGUUAACCAAGACCCCAGAGAGCAACAAAUCACCUGCUCCAAAACCUUCUGAUCUAAAACCUGGAGAUGUAUCCAGCAAACGUAAUCUCUGGGAGAAGCAGUCAGUUGAAAAGCCAGCUUCUUCUAAGGUAUCAGCUAUGGGGAAAAAAUCAGAGACUAAUGCAGGUUUGAGACAAUUUGAGAAAGAACCAUAG